AUGGAGAGAGAUGCCAAGAUAGGAGAAGAUGAAUCAAUCAUUAACCAGCUGCACAGUCUAAGGAAAGAAAUGAGGAACAUGCGAGUCACUCGGGGAAGUGAGAGUUUGGAUUAUGAUGAUCUAUGCAUACACUCGGAUAUUGGCAUACCAGUAGGGUACAAACCUCCUAAGUUCGAUAUUUUUGAUGGGACAAGUGAUCCCCAUGCACAUUUGAGGGCCUACUGCAACAAGUUAGUAGGAGUAGGAAGGAACGAGAAAUUCAGGAUGAAAUUAUUUAUUAGAAGUUUGUCAGGAGAGGCGCUCACUUGGUAUACUCGCCAAGAUCCUCGCAAAUGGAUCGACUGGCAGAAUAUGGCUGGGGAUUUCAUGAAUCGCUUUGGAUUUAACACUGAGAUCACACCAGACAGGUUUUCUCUGAGCAACAUACAAAAGAAGGCGACUGAAUCAUUCCAAGAUUACGCAAGACGUUGGAGAAUGGAGGCUGCCCGAGUUAUGCCCCCAUUGGACGAAAGCGAGCUCAGCAAGUAUUUCAUUCGAGCUCAGGAAGGCAUCUACUUUGAAAAGAUGAUGGGAUCAAUGGGCCAAAAGUUCGCGGAUUUGGUCAAAAUGGGAGACUUUUUGGAAGAAGGAAUCAAGUCUAGAAAGAUUCAAUCAAUGGCUACGCUACAAGCCGCAAGCAAAGCCAUACAGUCAGGUUCCAUUAGCGGAAUUAAGAAAAAGAAGGAGGACAUAUCCAAUAUCACACCUUACUACCGGCGAGGAGAAUCAUCUCGCCCAUACCCCACAAACCCCCAAAUCUUUGCUCAUGCCCCUUAUGUCCCACACCCAGCUUAUAACGCCCAACCACAUUACAACCCACCACGAGCCCCCACUUACCAAAACCCUCCAAAACCUUACACCCCUAUCCAAGCACCCGUCCACCAAAAUAGACCACCAUAUGCCCCAAGACCUCGCCCAACUCCCGAAGUCAGAAAUACCCGAACCUAUACCCCCAUAGCCAAGCCUUUAUCCCGGUUAUUUGAAAGGUUGAGGACAGCAGGAUUGUUGCAACCAAUUGAAGGGAGAAUCCCGGAUCCAAUUCCUCGAAACUUUGAUGGGAAUAAACGUUGCGCAUAUCAUUCAGGAAUUCAGGGACAUGACACCGAGGAGUGCUUUGGUUUGAAAAACCAAGUUGAAGCUUUAAUCAAGAGUGGAGCAAUUCAAUGCACUACAGCGCCCCCGAAUGUGAGAAACAACCCGCUACCAAACCAUGGAAAUCGGGCAGUUAAUAUGAUAUCAUUUGAUGAGGAAUAUGACUUGGAGGGAACCAUUGCGCCCGUUGGAAACACUGAGGCAUUUAUCGCAACAUCCCCAACUAUUCCCAUCAUCACGGUACAGUUGAAGGCACCGGUAACUGUUCAGACAUACCAACCAAAUUUCGUGGUGACCACUGUUGUAGCAAGAAAACACGAUUAUGAUACCAGGGCAGUCCCAUGGGACUAUCAAUUGAAAGGGAAGGCUAAGAUGAUGGAAACCGCAGUCGCUCAUGGAAUGACAAGGUCAGGAAGAUGUUAUGUCCUGGAGGAUUUAAACAGAGGAUGUUCAGGCAAAGAGCACCAUCAAAGGAGAAAUAUUACUGAUGUCGAGGCAGCAGAAUUCUGGAAGAAGAUGCAAACUAAAGAUUAUUCAGUCGAGGAACAGAUGAAGAAGACACCCGCCUAA